AUGAGUGCUAAUACAUCUAUGCCAGUCAAUGCUAUGGCUACCUCUAGCCAAGGUGGAGUUGCUUGUGAUUAUUGCGGUGUGCAUGGUCAUUCUCUAAUGGAGUGUUCUGUUAAUCCCAAUGGAGCUAUGGGAGUGCCAGAGCAAGUCAAUGCUUUUCAAGCUUGUCCUCCUUUCAACAACAAUAGCUACUAUCCUGGAAUUCCGAAUCAUCCUAACUUGUCAUAUCGGAGCAACAAUGUGCUAAAUCCUCAACAGCAACACUUUCCACCACAAGCACCACAACAACAAUAUGGGCAACAUCAGCAAUAUCAGCCCAAUCAAGGAUCACCCGGUUUCCAAAGACCUCCUCAAGGCCAUCAACAACAGCAAUUUAAGAACCAACAACCCCAAUCCGAAUUGGGGGAGUUGAAAACCAUGAUGGCUCAAAUGGCCAAACAACUUGAGCAACUCGGUACUCACAAUAAAAUGCUUGAAACUCAAGUCGCUCAAUUAGCUGCAUCUAGCUCCUCUAGACAAGCAGGAGCAUUGCCCGGCCAACCUACUCAACCACAUGGCAAGGAGACCGCCAAUGCAAUCACUACAAGGAGCGGGUUGAGUUAUGAUGAGCCACCCAUGCCUCACAAUGGAGAGUCAAAUUCGAAAGAUGUGGGCAUUUCUGAAGCGAUUACUGAUGAAGCAUCUUCUGAGGCAGUGCACGAGAAGGAGAAAGCGAAAGAAGAGGCAUUGCAAGUGCCUCCCAUCACACUUCCUUUUCCCAACCGCCAAGUGAAGAGCAAGCUUGACAAGCAGUUCGUUAAGUUCUUGGAGGUGGUUAAGAAUUUGCAGGUAACAGUUCCUUUUACUGAAUUAAUCACACAAGUGCCUGCUUAUGCUAAAUUCAUGAAGGACAUAUUGACUAGGAAAAGAGCUUUUAGUGAUGUGGAAACAGUUGCUUUUACUGAACAAUGUAGUGCUUUGCUACAAAAUAAAUCCCCUCCAAAACUGAAAGAUCCUGGUAGUUUCUCCAUCCCUUGUCACAUUGGAAAACUGUUUAUUGAUAAAGCUUUAUGUGAUUUAGGAGCUAGUGUUAGUGUGAUGCCUUUUUCUGUCUGUUCUAAACUGAAAAUGGGUGAUCUAAAAGUUACUAAUAUUACUCUACAAAUGGCCGACCGUUCUGUUAAAUAUCCUUUGGGUAUUUUGGAGGAUGUCCCUGUUAGGGUAGGUAAGUUUUAUAUCCCUGUUGAUUUUAUUGUUCUUGAUAUGGAGGAAGAUCAACAAAUUCCUAUUAUUUUAGGAAGACCUUUCCUUCAUACGGCAGGAGCAGUAAUUGAUGUGAAAAAUGGUAGACUUACACUUUCUGUAGGGGAUGACAAUGUAACUUUCAACUUGAGCAAUGCUUUGAAAGGUCCCAUGCUUGAGGAAAAAUGCUAUGUUAUUGAUGUAGUUGAUGUGAUUUGUCAUGAUAACUUGCCCCUAACUCUUAUGAAAGAUCCUUUGGAGGUCGUUCUUUGUCUUGAAUCUUCUACAGGUGAUGCUAGCAUUUGGAAGACUGAAAUUGAUGCUGUUGAACAAGCUCUUUGUAAUGAAGAGCUUAGUCACAGCAAGAGUAAGAGAGUGCAGAGGUUAGUUCGGCUUAUAUGCAAGGUAGAGGUAAAGAAGCCCGAACUAAAACCUCUCCCUUUCCAUCUUAAGUAUGUUUUUCUUGAUGAGCAAGAGCUCCAUCCUGUUAUCGUCAGCACUACACUCAAUGAUGCCCAACUUUCCCAACUUUUGGAUGUUCUGAAAACUCAUAAGAAGGCCAUUGGGUAUAGUGUUGAUGAUUUGAAAGGUAUAAGUCCCGACUUUUGA